UACACCUAAAGAGAAGAAGCCAUGAAAGCCCAUCUUCUCUUACCUCUCUUCUUUUCACUCCUCCUCCUCCUCCUAUUCCCACGCGCCACCCACCAAUACGCGUGCGACAACCGCGACCCCAACACGGCCAACUAUGCCUUCUGCGACACUUCCCUCUCAUACACAGACCGAGCCAAGGACUUAGUGUCACGCCUCACUCUCCAAGAGAAGGUGAAACAACUAGUCAACAAAGCCACCGGGAUUUCCCGGCUUGGCGUCCCCGCCUACGAGUGGUGGUCUGAGGCCCUCCACGGGGUCUCAAACACCGGACCAGGGGUCCGUUUCAAUGCCACCGUGCCUGGUGCAACUAGCUUCCCGGCAGUGAUUCUUUCAGCUGCUAGCUUUAAUGCCUCGUUGUGGUACGAGCUGGGGCGGGUUGUGUCAACCGAGGCUCGAGCCAUGUACAAUGCUGGCUUAGCCGGGCUGACGUAUUGGAGUCCGAAUGUGAACGUUUUUCGGGACCCGAGGUGGGGACGGGGGCAGGAGACCCCGGGAGAGGACCCUCUGGUGGUGGCUAAGUAUGCAGUGAACUAUGUCCGGGGUUUGCAGGAGGUGGGACAGGAAGGGGACUUCAGUAGUGAGAAGCUCAAGGUUUCGAGUUGUUGUAAGCAUUAUACUGCUUAUGAUCUUGAUAACUGGAAAGGGGUUGAUCGGUUUCACUUUGAUGCAAAGGUGACACCACAGGACAUGGAAGAUACAUAUCAGCCUCCAUUCAAGAGCUGUGUAGAGGAGGGGCAUGUCACCAGUGUGAUGUGUUCAUAUAAUAGGGUCAAUGGGAUCCCCACAUGUGCUGACCCUGACUUGCUCCAAGGGGUAAUCAGAGGACAAUGGGAUCUUGAUGGAUAUAUUGUUUCAGACUGUGACUCCAUUCAGGUUUAUUUCAACUCUAUACAUUACACUGCUACACCUGAGGAUGCAGUAGCUCUAGCCCUGAAAGCAGGUUUGAACAUGAAUUGUGGAGAUUACCUAGGGAAAUACACAGAGAAUGCAGUGAAAUUGAAAAAAGUGGAAGAGUCUGUUGUAGACCAGGCACUGAUAUACAAUUAUGUGGUCUUAAUGAGGCUUGGUUUCUUUGAUGGUGACCCCAAAUUGCUCCCAUUUGGGAAACUUGGCCCUUCUGAUGUAUGUACCAAUGAUCAUCAAUCAUUGGCAGUUGAAGCUGCCAAACAGGGAAUAGUUUUGCUAGACAACAAUGGAGCUCUUCCUCUGUCUCCAAAGACCAUCAAGAAUUUAGCCAUUAUAGGACCUAAUGCUAAUGUCACUGUGACUAUGAUAAGCAACUAUGCCGGUGUGCCUUGUCGCUACACUAGCCCUUUGCAGGGGCUACAAAAGUAUGUGUCGGCAGUGACAUACCAGCCGGGGUGUAGCAAUGUGGGAUGCAGCAAUGGAGGCCAAAUCGAUGCAGCAGUCAAGGCUGCAGCUGCAGCUGAUGCUGCGGUGGUAGUAGUGGGGCUUGAUCAAUCCAUUGAGAGGGAAGGGCUGGAUAGAGUGAACUUGACAUUGCCAGGAUUCCAAGAGAAGCUUGUAACUCAAGUGGCUAAUGCCACUAAUGGACCGGUAAUUCUUGUCAUAAUGUCAGCCAGUCCAAUUGAUGUUUCCUUCGCGAAGAACAAUAGCAAAAUUGGGGGAAUUUUAUGGGUUGGAUAUCCUGGUCAAGGUGGAGGGGAUGCCAUAGCUCAAGUCAUAUUUGGAGACCAUAAUCCAGGUGGAAGGUCACCUUUUACUUGGUACCCACAAGCGUAUGUAGAUCAAGUCCCAAUGACUGACAUGAACAUGAGAGCUAAUGCCACUAGAAACUUUCCGGGAAGAACCUACCGAUUCUAUAAUGGCAAAUCUCUCUAUGAAUUUGGCCAUGGACUAAGCUACUCAAAAUUUUCCUACUCCCUAAUAUCUGCCCCUUCCACCAUAAACGUCCUAUCUUCCGAGUCCACCACGCAGCUUAAUGGCCAAGCAAUCGACAUUUCAAGUAUAGAUUGCCAGGAUCUAGAAGUGGAAUUGAUGAUUGGAGUGAAAAAUGAGGGGCCUAUGGAUGGUGCCCAUGUCGUGCUAUUGUUUUGGAAGCCGGCUUGCUCACAAGGGGUGAUUGGGACACCGAAUGUGCAGCUGGUGGGGUUUGAGACAGUGGAGGUGAAAAAAGGGGAGACAGGGACAGCAACCAUGAAGUUGGACGUGUGCAAGGAGCUAAGCGUGGUGGAUGAAGAUGGAAAGAGGAAGUUGAUCCUUGGGCCGCAUAAACUUGUAGUUGGUUCUUCUAAUGAGAACCACCUGAAGCACAAUUUCAAUGUCAGUAUGUCUGGAAGUGCCUUAUCUAUGUAAUAUAGCAGCUAAGAGUACUACCACCACUUCCACAACCAUUAUUAAUAAUAUUGGCUAAUUAAGAGUAAGAGUAAAAGCUAGAAUACAUGUGAAAGAGAUGUGCGCACUCAUAUGUAAUAGAAGCUUCUUUCUCUGACUACAAAAUAUCACCCUACCCUUCGAAACUUAUUUGAUUUCUGAUAAUACAGGAAAAUAAAUGAAAUCCAAGAAUUUUCUCUGGAUCAACUCACUAAGAUGCCAAACAGUCCUUAAAGGAUUCUUGUAAAGACCAAUUCAAUUAUAAUCAAAUAAUACACACAGCUAAACUUGGAGAGAUACCAUAAAAAAUAGCAAAUAUAGAAGAAUGGAGCACAAACCAGAGCUUAACAAAUUAAUCAUCCUCCUCAUAAUUACUGCCCUAAUUCCUUCUUCCUUGGUUCAUUCGAGCAAGCUUGCAACCUCUCCAUCACUUGCAGCAGCUAAUGGUGAGGAAGCUUCCUAUGAUAUGAAUAUGUUUAAAUGGAGCAUUAAAAAGGCGAUUAAAGGGUCAUUUCCUGUGAUCUGUAAUUCAAAGUGCAACCAAUGCAAGCCCUGCAUGCCAGUUGAAGUAUUAAUCCGAGCGACGGAGCUGGAAGAGAAUGAGUAUUAUCCGCAGGUGUGGAAGUGUAUGUGUGAAGACAAACUCUUCUCGCCUUUUUAAGCUU